AUGAUCGUUUGUGCAAUUACAAUGAUAAAGAAAUUUCAUCCAGCAAUGCUCAUUGAAAAUAGAAUUAUAAAAAUUGAAAGUGGUUUGAUUAUUGGUGAAGAUAAUGAAGGUUUUUAUGCUUAUCGUGGAAUUCCUUACGCUGAAAGUCCAGAAGGAGAUUUGAGGUUUGCAUCUCCAAAAAGAUUUUCACAGACUUGGGAAGGAAUUCGACCUUUCAAGAAUUAUAGUCAAGUCUGUUCUCAGUAUGAUCAUUUCACAUACAGUUAUGUUGGAAUAGAAGAUUGUUUGACACUCAAUGUGUUUGUUCCAAAAUCAGUUGUUCAAUCUUAUAUCAGUCAUUUUCUAAACUUCAAGAAGACAAGAAAUAUGAGAAACAUUUUUGGGUUUAUUGCACUUUUAUCAGUGAUUUACAAUUUGGAAUUUUGCUGUGCACAAGAAAAGGUUGUGAACAUUGAAAAUGGAAAAAUUGUAGGUGAAGAAAAGGAAAAUUAUUAUGCUUUUCUUGGAUUGCCUUAUGCUGAGAGUCCAACCGGUGAAUUAAGAUUUGCACCACCAAAAAGAUUCACUCAAACUUGGGAUGAUGUCAGAGAAUUUAAAAAGUUCGGUUCAAUGUGUGCACAAUAUUCUCAAAUAGGUUACUCUUAUCAUGGAAUAGAAGAUUGUUUGACACUCAAUGUGUUUGUUCCAAAAUCAGUUGUUCAAUCUUAUAGUAAAUUUCCAGUCAUUUUUUUCAUUCAUGGCGGUGCAUUCAUGUAUGGGGGCAGCAAUGUUUAUGGCCCUGAAAACAUCAUGAGGUCACAAAAUAUGAUACUCGUGACUGUAAAUUAUCGAUUAGGAACUCUGGGAUUUAUGACUACUGAAGAUGAAGUAAUUCCUGGUAACUUUGGAAUGAAAGAUCAAGUCGAAGCACUGAAGUGGGUUCAACGAAACAUUGAAGCAUUCAAUGGUGAUCCAACGAAAGUUACAAUUGUCGGAUAUUCAGCUGGUGGUGCGAGUGUUCAUCUUCAUUACAUGUCACCAUUAUCUGAAGGAUUAUUCAACAAUGGAAUCUCACAUUCGGGUUGUGCUCUCAAUCCGUGGGUGAUGAUGGAGAAUGGAAAGGAAAAAGCACAUCAAGUAGCGAAAAUCUUAAAUUGUCCCAUUGAUAAUCAUCAGAAAAUGUUGGAAUGCUUAAGAAAGAAGCCAGCUAAAGAUUUAGUGAUAGUUGCAAAAGAAUUUCAACCAUUCUUGUACAAUCCUUUUUCACCUUUCGCUGUUACCGUUGAGAAACACAGUCCAACAGCUUUCUUAACAGAUCAACCUCUUAAAUUUCUUAUGGAUAAAAAGUUUCUGAAUCUCAGUCAUUUUCUAAACUUCAAGAAGACAAGAAAUAUGAGAAACAUUUUUGGGUUUAUUGCACUUUUAUCAGUGAUUUACAAUUUGGAAUUUUGCUGUGCACAAGAAAAGGUUGUGAACAUUGAAAAUGGAAAAAUUGUAGGUGAAGAAAAGGAAAAUUAUUAUGCUUUUCUUGGAUUGCCUUAUGCUGAGAGUCCAACCGGUGAAUUAAGAUUUGCACCACCAAAAAGAUUCACUCAAACUUGGGAUGAUGUCAGAGAAUUUAAAAAGUUCGGUUCAAUGUGUGCACAAUAUUCUCAAAUAGGUUACUCUUAUCAUGGAGAUGAAGAUUGCUUAUCACUUAAUGUGUUUGUGCCAAAAACGGUUCUAGAUAAAGACGAGAAAGUUCCAGUCAUUUUCUUCGUUCAUGGAGGUGCAUUCAUGUUUGGGGGCAGUGAUGCAUAUGGCCCUGAAAACAUCAUGAGAUCACAAAAUAUGAUACUUGUGACUGUAAAUUAUCGAUUAGGAACUCUGGGAUUUAUGACUACUGAAGAUGAAGUCAUUUCAGGUAACUUUGGAAUGAAAGAUCAAGUCGAAGCACUGAAGUGGGUUCAACGAAACAUUGAAGCAUUCAAUGGUGACCCAGCGAAAAUUACAAUAGUGGGCUUCUCAGCCGGUGGUGCGAGUGUUCAUCUUCAUUACAUGUCACCAUUAUCUGAAGGAUUAUUCAACAAUGGAAUCUCACAUUCGAGUUGUGCUCUCAAUCCGUGGGUGAUGAUGGAAAAUGGAAAGGAAAAAGCACAUCAAGUAGCGAAAAUCUUAAAUUGUCCAUUUGAUAAUCAUCAGAAAAUGUUGGAAUGCUUAAGAAAGAAGCCAGCUAAAGAUUUGGUGAUAGUUGCAAAAGAAUUUCAACCAUUCUUGUACAAUCCUUUUUCACCUUUUGGUGUUACUGUUGAGAAACAAAGCAGAGAAGCUUUUUUAAUUGAACAUCCUGAAACACUUCUGAAGAAAGGAAGUUUCAAGAAAAUUCCUUGGAUAUUAUCUCAAACGCAAGAUGAAGGUUUAUAUCCUGCUGCAGAGUUUUACAACGAUCACUAUUUGAAAGAAAUCAAUGACAAUUGGAAUGAGUUGGCUCCAUUUAUACUUGACUUCAAUGGAACUAUUUGUGAAAAUGACACAAAACUUCAAAUAUCAGAAGAAAUUCGCCAAUUCUAUAUGAAGGAUCAAGUAAUUGAAAAAGACAGUUAUGACAGUCUUCGUGAUAUGAUCACCGACCGACUUUAUCACCAUGGAGCAUUUAAAUCUCUUCAAUAUCAAUCAAAAUAUGCAUCAGUCUUUUUCUAUUACUUUCGUGCUAUAACUAACUCAGGUAUAGCUCCAGAUUUGGUAGCUAUUGGCAGCAAUGAAGUAAAAAUUAACGUACCUUCAGAAUACCUUCUUGGCGUUUCUCAUGGUGAUGAUGUUUUCUUAAUUUAUAAUAACCUUGGCAGUGGAACUACUUUUGCUUCGUACUUUAGAUACUGUAUGAUGACUGAACUCUAUAUGAUGGAACGAUGGGAGCGAAUCUCAAUUCCUAAAACAGAAAAGUUUAAUUUGAGACGAAAAGAGCUGAAAAUGGAUGAGAAAAACUUUUAUUUAUCUCUAUCAGCAAAAAAUUAUCUGAAAUUCGAUCCAGUCAGUCAGAUUACUAAUGUGUUCUUCGAUGAAUCACAGAAACAAAUAUUUUGCGCUAAGCCAGCAAGUAUAUCUGUUAAAUCACUAGUCCAGGAAUCAUUUUCCUUCAUCAUCCAAAGUUCACCUCUAAUAGCUAUAAAGUUCAAUGUUGACAACAGUAUUCUUACAAUCCAACGUACUGAGAAUACAUUAGAACUUUAUGCCUUUAAAGACAAUCAGCUGCUACCGAAUUCUUCAAUAAGUUUUGAAACAAAAAAGACCAUUCUGGGAUUCUUUUGGAUCCGAACUAACGAACUUAUUAUUGUGACGAAAGAAAAUGUGGAAAUUUUCAAUGUCAUAACAUCAAAGAAAACUUUAAAAAGUGGACGUGUAGCAAUUUCGAUAAUUGAUUCAAUAAUCAUUGUACAUCAUCAAACAUCUAAAGUCAGCCUUCUCUUCGAUGUCGCUAUCAAUGGAGAAGAAAAUGUUCAAGAGCGAAGUGUUAUGAAUCACACUCCUCUUGUUCCAGGAAAAUCCAUCGAACCAUUUUCAUUAAAGUUGCCUUCAGUGACACACAAGGAAAACACAAUGAGUGUGGAACUUUAUUCAGCUAAUUGGGUGAUUUUUUCUGACAUUAUAAUUGACGUAAGAAUCGGAUAUUUGUUUAAGUUAGAGUUGGCAAUCAAUAAGAUUCGUAUAGGUGAUAAAUUAAAAUUGUGUAACUUCCUUAUGCAUCGUCAGAAAGAGAAAAGUCUCUUGAUAAAUACACUUUUACAACUUGUGUCUCCAGAACAUGGUGAAUCAGUGCAAUUAGCAAUUCUGGAAGUGAUCUUUGAUAAUUUGAACAAAGUUUAUAAACAAAAACUCGAUCAUGAUCUUGUGAAGAUGCAGUCAUUGCCAUCUCCAUCGACAUUUAAAAUCUCAACACAACAAAUUGUUACUCCACAACUUCCGAAUCAAAUUGUGAUUGAACAGAAUGAUGUUUUAUAUGUUUUAAACACAAUCGUCGAUAAGAAUGUUUUGGAGAAAAUUUCACUUGUUUACUUGUUUUCACUUGUUAAACAUUCAAUUUCUUGUGAAUAUGAUUUGGGUAAAUUGAUCGUUUCUACACUCAUAAACGGACAAAAAAUUGACGAACUUCAACAAAUAUUGAAUUUCAAAGCGAUUCAUGAAUCGAAGCCACUUGCAUGCUUUCUUUUGGCAUCGAGCAAAAAUAACCCAUUAAUAUCACAAAUGGCCUUAGACAUGCUCUACAGACUCAACGCAUUGGAAAUUAUUGUUGAAAUUUUUCUUGAGGAAGGAAUGGCAAUCGAUGCUUUGAGACUUUCAAAACAAUUCACAAAUCCUGAUUUCAUACCAGCGAGGAAAUAUCUUGAAGCUGCAUUGAAAUCUGACAACAAAAUGGUCUUUUAUUCUGUUUACAAGCAUUUUAUAGCAAGAAAUCAACGAUUGCGAGGAAAUAUUGAAUUUCUUAAAAAAAUGGAACAAUCUUUAUUAGAAUUAGAUAACCAUCAGCGAUGUUGUCGUUUUUGUUUGAAAGAGUUUGAUACCGACGACACCCAAAUUAAAAUAACCCCGACAGUGAUGCUAAGAUUUCAGGAAUUAACAGAAAUUUCGCUUAAAACAUCUGACGAAUACUCUAAUGUUAUAUGUGAAUCAUGUAACACCAAACUUAGAAAUUUCAAUGCAUUUCGAAAGGAUUUAAUAUUCAAACAAAAAUGCCUUGAAGGAUUUGUUGAAGGUUUUGUAGAGGAAUCGCUUUGUUUUGAUCGAGACACUCAAUUACCUCAAGAUGUAUCUAUUAAAAGCAUAAAAGACGAAAGCUUGGAAGUAAAAAUUGAACCAAAAAAUGAGGACGAAUAUGCAGAAUAUAUAACAACAGAAUAUCUUGAAAACAUUCAAUAUGAGAAUGAUGCUUAUCAGUUUCAAACGGAAGAAUAUGUCCUGACUGAUGGAAUGGCUGAUGAAAAGCAUGUUAAUAGUAGAGGGAGAAGAAAAACUUCUAAGAUCCAAUACAAAAGAGCACUUUGUGGCAUUUGUUCCAACUAUUACUACAAAGAUCAAUUGCAACGACACAUCGAUAAAGUCCAUUACAAAAUAAAACGAUUCUGGUGUGAUAUUUGUGGCUUUGGAGCUUUUCUCAAAUGUAAUCUCUCAACACACAUGGCAAAACAUAUCGCUAAAGAACAUCGAGAACUCAUAUGCUGUUCACUUUGCCCUUCAACCUUCACACGCAACGAGAGUUUGAAGAAUCACAUGAAAACUGAGCAUGAUGAGAAUCCUGAAAUGUUGAAAUGCUUUUGUGGAAAAGAAUUCAAUUUGAGACAUAAACUUACAACUCAUAUCAAAAGAACGCACAAUAAUGAUCGCAGUCAUGUUUGUGAGUUAUGUCCAAAGAGAUUUUUUGCACCGAAAGAUCUAAAAAGUCACAUACUCAUAGCACAUACGCCAGGAUAUGUCAGAACUGAACACUUCUGUGAGGUGUGUGGAAAGAAAUACGGAAGUGCUAAGAGUUUGAAGACUCACAUGAAGCAUCAUCAAGAACCGGAAUUCAAAUGUCAAUUCGAUGGAUGUCCGAAAGCAUUUAUCAAUAAAUUACUUUUGGCAAAUCAUGAGAAAAUUCAUUUGAAUCAAAGAGACUUCCAGUGUCAUUUCUGUGAGAAAUCGUUCUUCAGUGCAAAUCACUUGCGACGUCAUAUUGUAGUGACACACGAGAAAGUUCGUGUGAAUUGUUUUGUGGAAUCAUGUCGCUUUUCUGUUGGGAGAAAAGAUUACUUGCGCAAUCAUAUUUUAAGUCAUCGAGAGUUGUCUGAGGAAAUGAAGCAUGCUUAUCUCAUACAAAUACGAGAUAUGAAACUAUAGUAGUCUUAUUAAGUAUUUAGAGAAUGAUUAAAUAAAAGUUUUAUUGCUCACUGCAGAAUGUAAA